GGUGGGAAUCGAAUCGAAUCAAUCAUACGUUAUUGAGUUUACGAUUUUAAAACGGUUCCACAGAGUAAAUAUUUUCACUUCAUUAACUUCAUUUGUCAAUUGUCAGUCAGUUGGACAAAUAAAUAGCGGUUUCAAUAUAGUUAUACAGGAAAUUAAAGUAAAAUUCGUAAUAUUUAAAUAUUAGUUUCAUAACAAACUAUUGCAAGUGUGCCGGCUGAAGUUUUUGUAGAAAAAAAAGAAUACACUGUUUAUUAAAAAAAAAUAUCUUCUAUUAGAAUAACAGACCUCUUGUGGUGUGAAUAAAAAGGAAAUGUCUGUAAGUGUAAGGGAUGCAUAUAUUGCGGAUGGUUUUGCUGAUGACUGUGAUGAACUCAUACACCGCCUUACAACUGGUGAGAAGCUGACAUAUGCGGCCUUCGCUCAUGUAUGGAAAGACAUGCAAAUGGCCGGUAUAUACCACAAUAGGACCUCUGGUGCGGAGAUAGCUGAACUGUCGGAGGAGGUCAUACACAUUGCUAAACGCUACAUGGUGGCAGAUACAAGUAAUUUUGAGGAAAACGUAGCCGGCCUAUUCCUAGUCUACGCCCUCCUCAAUGUCCAGCCGUUCACUGGCUUCGCAAACCUCCGAGUGGUUCAAGAUGAUCUACCAGCUAUAGAACGAAUAGAGUUCGUUGCUAGAAGAGACCGGAGAAUGGAUGUACUGUAUAUCUUGGGGUCAGUGCUUAUUAAGGGCCCUGUGCAGUACCAUGCGGCGUUACGGGAGAGGGGCAUGGAGUACCCCUAUCGGAAGUAUUUGGAAGGUAACUCAAAUAUAAACAACCUGGGUGUCAGACCGAAGGGUGUGUUCUACCGGCAGGGCAAGGAGAUGGACCUCAUCAGGGAACUCAAGAACCUCUCCGUGCAAUACUCUAAAGUGAAAGAGGAGAUUUCAGGGCCAGAUGUAAAAGAUCCCAAUCUAAAUUACUACGACGUGCAUUUCCCAACGAAACUGGAAACGUCAUUCAAAAAGCUCAUCACUGGCACCCUGGAUUCUGAUGAUGAUGAUGAUGAUGACGAUGACGAGGGAGAAGCGAGACCUGGAUGCUCAAGUGGUCUCGUUAAAGAUGUUGACUCUAUACGGUCCAUCAAGGACAGAGCUAUGAAGGCAAAGGUUAACCCUAUGAAACACCUCGUGGGGGUCGCUGAUAGGUAUGUAUAUGUACAAUAACAGAUAUAACAACUAACUUAUUCGUUAAAAUCGAGUUUGUUAAGUUUUAC